AUGGGGGACGAGAAAGAGGUGAAGGAUGGGGCGGGCGCCUUGAAGGGAGCAUACAAGCGGGCCCGGGUGUCUGCAGACGAGCGCGAGGAGAUGCCAGCCGGCGCGUGGAUCAACACCAUCGAGGAGGCGCCUGUGUUCCACCCCACUGCAGCAGAGUGGGCCGACCCCAUCGCCUAUAUACGCGCCAUCCAGGGCGCCGCCGCCGCAGCGGGCAUCUUCCGCAUCGUGCCGCCCCUUCUGCCAGCCGUGCCCGGUCCGCUGGUGCUGGCGCAACGCGACCCCGCGUGGCGCUACGGCGUGCGGCAGCAGUUUGUGGCGUGCAGCACGUGGCAAAGCUUUGAUGAUGCGCACGCCCAGAUGUGGGAGAGCCACAAGCCUUACUCCCUCAAGCAGCACGAGAAGAUGGCCGAUGCCUAUGCUCGCAAGGUGUUUGGCAGCACUGCGCCCAUGCCGUCCAGGAUGGCCGAGGCUGAGUACUGGCGCCAGCGCCUGCAGCACCGCCCCGCCCCCUCCUCCGCCACGGCGCAGUCCCCCGUGGUGUACGGGAACGACCUCGACGGCAGCGCCUUCUCUCAGCGCGCGGACGACGCGCUGGCGGCGGGGCCCUGGAACCUCGGGGUACUGCUGUGCCUUUCGGAGCGCUGCGCUGCGGCCCGGGGCAUGGCCCUGGCUGCUCCCCGGCGUAGCAGCCCCUGA